AUGGCAUUUUUCAAAACUUUCCAGCAGAAUCUGCCUUCAGUGUCUUCUCUGGUGGACACAAUCAGUAAUGCUGUAGAAGAUUUAACCACUGCUGUUGGGGAAGUCAGCUAUGCUUUAACUGACUCAGUUGCUGAACAGGUAACAAGUAUGAUAAAUGGCUUUCGCCCAGAAGAAGAAAGCUCAGCAGUAGCAGAAGCUGUAGUAGAUGCUUCUAAACAAGCAAAUGCCAUGUCACCAGAAGUCUCCAGAGACACUACUUGUCAGAAAACACAGUCCAGUUUAGAGCACAGAGCAAAUCGAAUCAGUUGUUACAAUACUUCAGUUUCACAAAAGCAAGAUCACAGAAUGAACGAAGAAAGAGUAUUCAGACAUAUUAAUGAUAGGCAACGGACUCUAUCAAAAUAUCAAGAAAGCAGUAAUGCUGGUGGUGAUUCUUUGAAGGCUCACCUGAGUGAGGGUGAGAUAUCAUUUAUCAAGCAGAGUGCAAGGGCUGGAUCUGCUUGUCAAGAACUUGAACAUACUGACAGAUGUAAAAAAGUUGGAUUAGGAAUGCCCGAUGAUGGUAAGAAUGAUUUAAAGGAGGUAAGAUGCCAAGAAAUGGAAGAAAAUCAUUUAAAGAAAGCUGAAAAACAUAUUAAAAGUAAAGGAUCCAAAGGGAAUGAGUGGUCAGGAAAUGAGUGUUCUCCAAAAGAUAUUUUGGCAAGCAACAGACAUGUGAUACAGGAACCCAUUAUGAAAGAAGACAUAGAUCCAGCACCAACAGCUGAUUCUAAAGAUAAGUUACACGGAAAAAUCAAAGAACAGAAAAAUCCAACAACGUCCUACAAAGUGAAAGGAGACAUACGAACAAAGAAAACUGAAGCCAUUUCUGCCCACAAAGGAACAGCAAAGAGUAAAGAUGAAAAAUAUUCUAAGAUAAUACCAGAAAAAGAUAAUUCCUACAUGGAUAAAGAUGAGCAUGGUUCAUCCUCUGAAAGUGAAGAUGAAGCACUGGGUAAAUAUCACGAGGCCUUGUCCAGAACCCACAAUUCCAGACUACCAUUGGCAGAUUCAAGACAAAAGAACUAUGCUUGGGAAACAAGACAAAAAUACAGUCCUCUGUCUGCGGAGUAUGAUGGCUACAGUAGCGAAGCAUCCAUAGAUGAAGGAAACUGCAUUCAGAGAAUGAGAAGAACACCCCCACUGGAUGAAUUGCAGCCACCACCAUAUCAGGAUGACAGUGGUUCUCCCCAUCUCUCAUGUACACCCUCAGAAAUUGGGGACAGUAAAUGUGAAUUUUCCCACUGCAGCAACAGUCCAAGAUGCUCAUAUAACAAGUGCCCAAGUGAAGGAAGCAUAGGUCGUGAAAUAGAAAGUUUUCCUAAUAAAGGAUAUGAAGAUGUUCCAAGCGACAGCACCGCAGUCCUGAGCCCAGAAGAUAUGUCAGCUCAAGGAUCAUCAUCACAGCUUCCUAAACCUUUUGAUCCUGAGCCAGAAGCUAAAUAUGGCACACUGGAUGUGACUUUUGACUAUGACUCCCAAGAACAGAAGCUUCUGGUAACAGUGACAGCUGUCACAGAUAUCCCAACACAUAACAGGACAGGUGGCAACUCAUGGCAAGUACACCUUGUUCUUCUACCUAUAAAGAAACAGAGAGCAAAAACCAGCAUCCAGAGAGGACCAUGCCCUGUCUUCACAGAAACAUUCAAAUUUAAUCACGUUGAAUCUGAGAUGAUUGGAAAUUAUGCAGUUCGGUUUAGACUAUAUGGUGUACAUCGCAUGAAAAAAGAAAAGAUUGUGGGGGAAAAGAUUUUUUAUUUAACAAAAUUGAAUCUUCAAGGGAAAAUGUCAUUACCUGUGAUAUUGGAACCUUCUUACAAUCAUUCUGGCUGUGACUCCCAAAUGAGUGUGUCAGAAAUGUCCUGUAGUGAAAGUACAUCCUCAUGUCAGUCUCUUGAACAUGGCUCGGUUCCAGAAAUUCUCAUUGGCCUGCUUUAUAAUGCCACAACUGGAAGACUAUCAGCAGAAGUGAUAAAAGGCAGCCACUUCAAAAACUUGGCAGCAAACAGACCACCCAAUACGUAUGUUAAAUUAACUCUACUGAAUUCCAUGGGUCAAGAGAUGUCCAAAUGCAAGACAUCCAUCCGCAGAGGGCAGCCUAAUCCAGUAUACAAGGAAACUUUUGUUUUUCAAGUGGCCCUAUUUCAACUUUCUGAUGUGACACUCAUACUGUCUGUGUAUAACAAACGCAGCAUGAAAAGAAAAGAGAUGAUAGGCUGGAUUUCUUUAGGUCUGAACAGCUCUGGAGAAGAGGAGCUCAAUCACUGGACUGAAAUGAAAGAGUCGAAAGGACAGCAAGUGUGUAGAUGGCAUGCGUUACUAGAGUCAUGAUGAAUAGGGUAACCGAGCGAUUACAAUCCAAGGCAGCAUUAUCUCUGAUUGCAGCAUUACUGUUUUUACCUAGUCACCAUUAGAAGAGCUGUUCUUUGAAGCAUCAUCCUCAACAUUCUACCAGAAUGCGUUAAGGUCUGCGGAAAGAGCGUAUAAUACUGACACAAAUGAAGAAAAGAUGUGUCUCUGGUAGAGCUUGGGAAAUGAGACACUUCAUCAUUAUUGUUAACAGUCCUCCAGAGCUUUAAGAACAUACUUUUGGUUUGAAGUUAAGUUUACUUUAGCAAAAGAGCCAGUAAUUUCAUGGGAAAAAAAAAAUCAAAACUAUAAGUGAUUUUUUUAAAUCUGAAUUUUUAGUUGCAAUGCUGUUUUAGGAUCACCCUCAAUGUAAACCAGGAAACACAUAUUUUGAUUGGUUCAUCCCUGGUGUUGGAAGUGUUCUUUAAGCUGAAAAGUAGGUCUCCAGCUCUAUCAUGAGGCAUAUCUAAUGGUGAAGGAUUUCAAUUACAUAGAAAAUUGUUUUAUUUCAGAUAUUUUCCCUUUGUGCACUUAGUUUCAUUGUGCCUCAGUUCUUCUCAAUAGCACUCAAUCUCAAGUGCAAGCAAGUAUUCAUUUUCAUAAAGGAAUUUUUUUAUAUGUUAUUUAAAAAAAAAAAAACUCAUUUCUUCAUUUGCCUCUGCUUUUGCCUGAUCCAAAGAGACCCAGUCACUGGACUGGUCCUUUGCAAGUCUUUUAGACAGGUUGUACUGUAGAACCACGUAACUUUCUGUUGAAAGCACUUCCUGUAUUCUUGUAUUCCAAUGUAGGAAGCUAAUAGAGCAGGACUUUACUUUAAAAUACUUUCAACAAUUGACUCUUUAAAAUUGUAGUAAUGUGAAAAUACGUUUUUUACAAACUAAAAGAAUAGUAGAUAAGCUGUUGAAUAUUGAAAACAGUUCAAGUUAAAUAAAAUGUUAAUUAUCUGCUCUGAGAAUGGAAUGACCAACACUGCAUAAAGCAGGUAUAGUUCCAAUAAGAAACUGUUCUCUCUCUAAAUCUUCUUCAGUCUUACUUCAAUUUGUACUUGUGAUCUAAAGACUCUCCAGUUCUCAGUUUGAAUCAGAACAUCAUGUUAAAAACAGUUCUGAGAUUCCUUAUGAAAUUUCUAGUGACCUGUGACUAGAUUUUAUGAAACUUACAGAUACGUUCUUCAACGUGAUGUCAUCCUGUGCCUUUCAUGUAAGUUACAUUUGCUCAUACAGCUUGAAAGUUGUAUUUGCAAAAUUAGGCCUUCAAUUUUUAUAAAUGUAAAGAUUCCUCAGAACAGUGUCACAAGAUCUUUAUUUCCUCUGAAGUAUGUAAAAGUUGUAUAAUGUGCUAAUUUUUUUAAAUGGCAAGGCAUUUUCAUUUGUUGUUUUUAUAUUUAGGAACUCUUAUUAAUCAGGAAUAUUAUAAGCUGUUUUCUUUUUAAUUUUGCUUCUUACCCGGUAUAUAAUUUAUGCAUAUACUUUAUUAAAAUAGAAUAUGUUUUGUAUAUAUGAAAAAUAGAUUCUUUCUUCUCUUUCUAAUUUCUAAUUAAACUAGACAAAAACAUACUAUUUACCAGUUACUAAAACGCAGCAUACCAUUGUUCUGAGUCCCAACUAAGCACUAUAUAUUAGUGCUUGUUAUUACACGAGGACUUGUUAUUACCACAAUAACAAAACUGUGCAUAGACAUUAUUAUUUCAGCUUGGCUCUACUGAAAGGCCUUAAAAGAAAUCCAAAAAGACAGUGAACUCCUAAUAUUUUUUAGUUUAAAAAAAUGGCAGCUCUAUGCACUCAUAUACACGAAUUAUAAGAUAAAAUACAGAUGCUAUAUUGGGUGACCUGAGGUUUAAGAAUGUAUGUUACAGAGUUGGAUUAAAGAGAAAACCCAUUCUUCUAUUGUUACACUAAUGAGCUUUUUCCAGGGUUGUUGUUUUUUUUAUAAAUGAGUUAAGUUAUAAAGUUAGAAUCUGUAUCAAAUGGUGAAAUAUCUCAUGUACAUAUUUUCAGCAACAGUAUGGAAAGAGAUUUGAAGGGAGGUUGUCGACCUUAGUGAGAAAUUGGAUUUAAGCAUUUCACGCAACAAGGAUCUUUUCUGGCUUUGAAACAACUGACUGCAUUGCUAAGAACUGGGAUCUUCCUAAUGGAAAGAGUUAGUCUUAUUCGUAGCUGUAACAAAGCCUAAUCAAUAAUCGAACACAUUAUGAGACCAGUGUGGUGCUUUCUCCUUCAGUGAUGAAAAGACCUAACUAGCUGUUAUUUGCUAAAUCUGGUUUUCUUCAGACUCUGCCCAGAACUAUGUGUGUGCUUUGGUCUAUCAUUACGGGGUUAUCUGGUAGAGAUAUCAAAUCCAAUAUGGCUUACAAUUUUAAAGGUUUUUUAAGAAGGACCCUACCUCCACCCCAGCUGCCAAAUCCUCAAAGAUUAUGAAUUUAUGUGUAUGUGUAUCUGU